AAUUCUCCCCCACACCAAUUCUUUUCUGCCUUCAUAACAAUACAAUAACAAUAAGAUAUCCUGACUGACUCAAGGUCGACUCAGCCUUCCGUCCUUCCAAGAGUUAAUACGUCUUAGGAAGUUUCUAUUGCCCCCCACCCCAAAUGGAGACGCUGCCCGAUGUGGGUUUCGAAAGACCCUUCCACAUUGAGACGCCUUUACUGGAAAGUGUGGCUCUUUCACAAGCAGCUGGAACCAAAGUCUACAUGAAAUUGGAGAAUGCCCAGCCAAGCGGUUCCUUUAAAAUCCGAGGCAUUGGCUACUUUUGCCAACAGAUGGCUAAGAAGGGCUGUCGACAUCUGGUCUGCUCCUCAGGCGGAAAUGCUGGUUUGGCUGCAGCCUAUGCAGCCAGGGAACUGAGGAUGCCCGCGACAAUCGUUGUGCCCCGCGGGACCACAGAGUCAAUGAUAAAAAGGCUCGAGCAGUACGGAGCGAAUGUGGAAAUUUUUGGGAAGGUCUGGGAUGAUGCUAACGAUCGAGCGAUGGCACUAGCUGAGACUGAUGGUUGGGUCAAUAUCCAUCCUUUUGAUCAUCCCCUAGUAUGGGAAGGACACAGCAGCAUUGUCAAGGAGCUGAAGGGGUCCCUAAGGACCAAACCAGGAGCUGUGGUGCUGUCGGUGGGAGGCGGUGGUCUUCUCGCCGGAGUGGUCUCCGGUUUGCAGGAAGUGGGCUGGUCAGAUGUUCCCAUCAUUGCUGUGGAGACCAGAGGAGCUGAAAGUUUUAAUGCAGCCAUCCAGGCUGGUCUGCUGGUCACUUUGCCUGAUAUCACCAGCGUGGCCAGGUGCCUUGGGGCUAAAACGGUGGCCCAGAGGGCCUUAGAUUGUACCAACGAAUGCCCAAUCAUCUCUCAUGUUCUGGAGGAUGUGGAAGCUGUGAAAGCUGUAGAGCAAUUUCUGGACGAUGAACGGAUCUUGGUGGACCCCGCUUGUGGCGCUUCGCUGGCUCUCUUGUAUUCGGGCAACCUCCGGAAGCUGCAGAAAGAAGGCAGGCUCAGCGAGAGCCUGGAUUCCAUCGUGAUUGUCGUCUGCGGGGGGAGUGGGAUCAGCCUGCAGGGUCUCCAAGCUAUGAAGAAACACCUGGGCAUGAAAUGAAGUCCCGUGUUUUACAGGCACACACGAUUCUCAACCACUCCUCUAGAUAAGAUACUUAAUCAGAGCCAUUUUGGGGUAAAAAUUGGGAUAACAGGAUGGAGCUGAGCAUUUACUGGCCAGAUGCCCUUCCUGAAGCCUAGCUGGAGUUCACAGCAGAUUUAUUUAUUUUUUCCUUUGCUGCUUGAGGAGAUAAAUAUCUGCCACUAGGUAGGAUUGCAUUCUCAACAAGGG